AUGACCAAACUACCCUUCCCUCCCGCCAAAACCCAUCUCCCCCUCAUCCUCUUCCUCCUCUCUCUCGUGCCCCUUUCCGUAAUUUCACAAUCCCACCUCGCCGAGAGAUCCGCCCUGUUGAGCCUGAAAGCCCAAUGGGGCGACCCCCAUGGCCUGCUCCAAUCCUGGAACGACAAGUCGCUCCACUGCGACUGGCCGGGAAUCCAGUGCUCCGCCGCCGGCGGCGCCGUCGUCGCCCUGAUCCUCCACAACUUCAACCUCAGCGGUGGCGUCCCGGACUCCAUAUCCAGCCUCGAGAGCCUCACAGUUCUUGAUCUUGGCCUCAAUUACUUUGCCGGAAAAUUCCCCACGGCGGUUCUGAACCUCUCGAAGCUAGAGUAUCUCGACCUCUCGCAGAACUACUUCGCUGGGGUUAUUCCGGUGGGCAUCGGCCAGCUCGAGUCGCUCCGGUACCUCGAUCUCGGCGCCAACAGCUUUACCGGCGAUGUUCCUCCGGCCAUCGGGAACCUCAAGCAGCUUCGGACUCUGUACCUCUACCAGAACCUUCUCAACGGGAGCUACCCGGUGGAGAUCUCGAAUCUGGAGAAUCUCGAGACACUAGAGCUGGCAUUUAACCGCUUCACUCCGGCGGCCAUACCGCCGGAGUUUGGGAGAUUAACUAAAUUGAAAGUUCUCUGGAUGACGAAAGCAAACGUGGUCGGUGGAAUACCCGGGAGCUUCGAAAAAUUAUCAAGCCUGACGAACUUGGAUUUAUCAGAGAACGGUAUGGAAGGCCCGAUUCCAGCCGGAUUAUUCUCGCUGAAGAAAUUGAGUAGGGUUUAUCUGUUUUACAAUAGAUUUUCCGGCUCGAUUCCUCCAGUGACCGGCUCGUUUGGUUUGGUCGACAUCGACCUAUCUAUGAACAACUUGACCGGCAAAAUCCCUGAGGAUUUUGGGAAGCUGGAAAGUUUGGAGGUUUUGCAUCUGUAUGCAAAUAAUAUGUUUGGUGAAAUUCCACAAACAAUUGGACUACUACCAAAUUUGAAAACAUUCCGGGUUUUCAAAAACAAUUUAAGCGGGAUAUUGCCACCUGAAAUGGGUAACCACUCGAGGCUUGAAGCGUUCGAGGUUUCCGAUAAUCAUUUGACCGGAAAAUUGCCGGAAAAUUUGUGCGCCGGUGAUGCUUUGAUUGGCGUGAUUGCUUUUAGCAACAAGUUAGCCGGAAAAAUUCCAGAAUCGCUUGGCACUUGUCAAACCCUUCGUUCGGUUCAGGUUUAUGGCAAUAAUUUAUCAGGUGAAAUCCCUUCAGGCCUUUGGUCUGUACAAAACUUGACAAGUCUCAUGUUGAGCGAUAACAGGUUUUCUGGAAAGCUCCCAAGUAAAGUAGCCCCGAAUUUGUCUCGUGUGGAAAUAAGCAACAACGAGUUUUCAGGCGAAAUUCCUACUGAGAUUUCAUCUUGGACGAGUUUAGCUGUGUUUAAAGCAAGUAACAAUAUGUUAUCUGGCUUGAUCCCGAAAGGGUUGACUAAUCUUUCCCAGCUCAUCACAUUGAUGCUCGAUGGGAAUUCACUUUCCGGUGGAUUACCAUCUGAGAUAACAUCAUGGAAAUCUCUCACUAUUCUGAAUCUAGGCAGGAAUAAUUUAUCCGGCGAAAUUCCACCUGUAUUUGCCUCUUUGCCUCACCUUCUUGAUUUAGACUUGUCGAGUAAUCACAUUUCAGGUAAUAUCCCUCUUGCCUUUGAACAUCUGAAGCUAACUUAUCUUAACCUAUCUUCGAAUCAACUCACCGGGAGAAUACCGAGUGAGUUUGAUAACAUUGCUUAUGAAAACAGCUUCUUGAACAACCCCAAUCUUUGCACCAUAAACAAAAUCUCAAAUCUUUCCAGCUGUGUUAUUAUGAAAUCUCGGGUAAUCAAAAAACAGUCACACGGAUAUCUAGCCAUGAUUCUAGCUUUAUUACUGGCCCUUUGUUCGAUCGCCAUUUUCACCACAUGUUUUUCAGUUAAGUACUUUAGGCGAAAGAAGCUUAGCCGUAAUAUAACUACAUGGAAAUUAACCACCUUCCAAAAAUUGAAUGUUACUGCGGGUAAUAUUCUGUCGAGUUUGGCAGAGAGUAAUAUGAUCGGCUGUGGUGGUUCGGGCAAAGUGUACAAAAUCCCAGCCGAUCGUGAAAAUGAAUAUGUGGCCGUGAAGAGGAUUUGGAGCGAGAAUAAAAAGGAUCAUUUGCUCGAGAAGGAAUUUCUAGCUGAGAUCGAAAUUCUCGGUUCUAUUCGCCACUCUAACAUCGUGAAGCUGCUGUGUUGUGUUUCGAGGGAUGAUUCAAAGCUUCUUGUUUAUGAGUAUAUGGAAAAUCAGAGUCUUGAUAUAUGGCUACACAUGAAAAGGAGAAAAGCUUUUCAAGCUCGGGUUAACAAAGUCGUUUUGGAUUGGCCUUCAAGGUUGAGAAUCGCCAUUGGUGCUGCACAGGGCCUUUGCUACAUGCAUCACGGUUGUGAUAUGCCGAUUAUUCAUCGUGAUGUGAAAUCGAGCAACAUCUUGUUGGAUUCUAAUUUUAACGCGAAAAUAGCCGACUUCGGUUUGGCCAAGAUUUUGGCCAAGAAAGGGGAGGCUAAUACAAUGUCUGCGGUUGCUGGCUCCUUCGGAUAUAUUGCCCCAGAAUAUGCUUAUACGACCAAAGUGAAUGAGAAAAUCGACAUCUAUAGCUUUGGGGUCGUGCUGUUAGAGAUCGUCACCGGCAAGGAACCUAAUAUAGGAAACGAGCACAUGGGCCUUGCCGAGUGGGCUUGGGAACACUACGGACAAGGAGAGCCCAUUUACGAUGCUUUGGAUGAGGAGAUAAAAGAACUAUGUUUCGUUCAAGAAAUGGUGACUGUUUUCAAGUUGGGGCUCAUGUGCACGAGCUCGAUUCCCUCAAAUCGACCCUCGAUGAAAGAGGUUUUGCAGAUUCUUCAAAGGUGUAGAUUUUCUGAAGGGAAAGGGGAAAGAGAUGAAUUUGAUGCCGACCCUCCUUUUGUGGAAGAUAAGUAUGUUUCAAGUUAUCUGUGUCAGUCAAAGAAGGUAUUGGAGGAUGAAAGUGAUGAAAGCUUGUUUACUCUUGUGUAA